CGCGCAUGCGCAGAGUCGGCGGGCUGGCGAGUUGUCGGCUGGGAAAUGGCGGCCGCGGGCUUGGUCGCAGUGGCAGCCGCUGCUGAGUACUCUGGCCCAGCAGCGUCGGGAGGUAACCUCCCCGCUGUUAACUGCGGUCCAAGCUCCGGGGCAGCCCCUGGGCCUGGCCCGGGUUCAUGGAGCCGUUCCCUCGAUCGAGCGCUGGAGGAGGCGGCGGUAACCGGGGUGCUGAGCCUGAGCGGCCGGAAACUGAGGGAGUUUCCCCGGGGAGCGGCCAACCACGACCUGACGGACACCACCCGGGCGGAUUUGUCACGAAAUCGCCUCUCAGAAAUUCCUAUAGAAGCCUGUCACUUUGUUUCUCUUGAAAAUCUCAACUUGUAUCAAAAUUGUAUUCGGUAUAUCCCAGAGGCAAUUCUAAAUCUGCAAGCUCUAACAUUCUUGAAUGUUAGUCGAAACCAGCUGUCAACGUUGCCAGUACACUUGUGUAAUUUACCAUUAAAAGUCUUAAUUGCUAGUAAUAACAAAUUGGUCUCACUUCCAGAAGAAAUUGGACACCUCAGAUAUUUGACAGAACUUGAUGUGAGCUGCAAUGAAAUUCAAACUAUACCUUCCCAAAUUGGUAAUCUGGAGGCCUUGAGAGACCUUAAUGUAAGAAGAAAUCACUUAGUCCGUUUGCCUGAAGAGCUGGCAGAGUUGCCUUUGAUACGGUUAGACUUCUCAUGCAAUAAAAUUACAACAAUCCCUGUCUGUUAUCGGAACCUGCGGCACCUCCAAAUGAUAACCCUAGAUAACAAUCCACUACAGUCGCCUCCUGCACAGAUAUGCAUAAAAGGCAAAAUCCACAUCUUUAAGUACCUGAACAUACAAGCUUGUAAGAUUGCUCCUGAUCUACCAGAUUACGAUAGGAGACCCUUGGGUUUUGGCUCCUGUCAUGAAGAACUGUACUCAAGUCGCUCUUAUGGAGCCCUAGAUUCCGGUUUCAACAGUGUGGACAGUGGUGAUAAAAGAUGGUCAGGGAAUGAGCCUACAGAUGAAUUUUCAGAUCUGCCUCUUCGAGUAGCAGAGAUUACUAAAGAGCAGAGACUAAGAAGAGAAAGCCAGUACCAAGAGAAUCACAACAGCUUAGUAGUAACAAACGGUGGAGUAGAGCAUGAUCUGGAUCAGAUUGACUACAUUGACAGCUGUGCUGCAGAGGAAGAAGAGGAGGAGGUGAGACAGCCCAAGGGCCUGGACUCAGACAGCCUCAGUUCACAGUUUAUGGCAUAUAUUGAACAACGGCGUAUCUCUCAUGAGGGUUCACCAAUAAAGCCAGUAGCCAUUAGGGGGCUUCAAAAAACAGAAGAUGUAAGAAGAUACUCACAUCAAAGCAGGGUUCCAGUUGAGCCAUCCUCUCUCUUGUCCCUGUCACCAAGUCACAAUCAGCUGUCACAUGCAGACUUGGAACUUCAUCGGCGAAGAGAACAGUUAGUAGAGCGCACUCGGAGAGAGGCACAGCUUGCUGCCCUGCAGUAUGAAGAGGAGAAAAUAAGGACCAAGCAGAUUCAGAGAGAUGCUGUCCUGGACUUUGUCAAGCAAAAAGCAUCACAAAGUCCACAGAAACAACAGCCUGCCUUAGAUGGUGAGUGUCCCUUCCCAUCCCGAAGGUCUCAGCACACUGAUGAUAGUGCCUUGUUAGUGUCCCUAUCAGGUUCCCUGGUGUCAGCUUUAAAUGGCAUAGCUUUCUUGUCACCAACAAAAAACCACCACAGCUCCCACUACCCUCUCCCAAGUGAUGACAGAUGUAAUGCUAUGUCAAGUUCACCUACAACAGAAACAGUUCAUCACUCCCCUGCAUAUCCUUUUCCUGCUGCUGUCCAGAGAAAUCAGCCCCAGCGCCCUGAAAGCUUCCUUUUCCGACCAGCUGUCAGGGCAGAAGCAAAUAAAGGUCAUUCUUCAUCCCUUCUUCCAUCUUCUGUGCCUGCCAUUGAUUCUACAGAUCCCAUUACAAGACAGAGAGAAGAAGAACUGAAACUGAUAGAUCAACUACGGAAACAUAUUGAAUACCGGUUGAAAGUAUCUCUGCCUUGUGAUCUGGGAGCAGCUCUAACUGAUGGUGUUGUCCUUUGCCAUUUGGCCAAUCACGUGCGGCCUCGAUCUGUCCCAAGCAUUCACGUUCCCUCACCAGCUGUACCUAAAUUAACAAUGGCAAAAUGCAGGCGAAAUGUGGAAAAUUUCCUGGAAGCUUGCAGAAAAAUUGGUGUGCCUCAGGACAAUCUUUGUUCCCCUUCCGACAUCCUUCAGCUAAACCUCCGCGUUAAAAGAACUGUUGAAACACUACUUUCUCUUGGGGCACAUUCAGAAGAAUCCAGUUUUGUCUGUCUGUCUAUCCAACUUCUGGGUUUUGUGGCGUUUUAUUGUACUUUAAUGCUAACUCUCUGUAUGCUUUAUUACUGGGUCUUCCCCCGCUAGCUGCAAGAUUGCAUUCCACUGAUUUUCCACCUCUUUCCUGUGCUUGAGAAGGAGGGUUGUUUUUCACUCAGAAUCAUUUACAAAUGUGUCGACUUCUUUAUUUCCUAACCCAUCAAAGGGCUAACAAGUGAAGUAGAUAAAUCCUCUCCUCGUAUGUCCACAUGAGCAGCCCAUCGCAGCAGUAAGCAAUUAUGAUGGCUAACAAAGAACAGACCAGCAUUUUUUCUCCUGGUCAUUUGUCCAUUCCCCUGGCCUACUAAUCUGAUGGUGAGUCAUUUCUUGAAAUAUGACAUGUAAAACUUGAUUUCCAGAUGACACAGUAAAAUGCCCAUCUGACCAUUUUUCCUUGCCUUAACACAACUUAGGUGUUGAAAUUGUGAGAGGCUGCACUUUUUGAACAGUUGCUCAUAAGGAAAACAGUUUUGCAUUUCCUGGUUUUGGGGGUAAGGAGGGUCCCCUGACCACUUAGAUCUUUACAUUGAGCUGUGCCCUUGCCCUGAAAUCCUGAACCUCUCCUUUCAUUGGUAGGCACAGAUCCAUGUAAGCAUUUGUUCUGUGGACAUUGGGAAGGCAUCGGCCACUUAAUCUUACUAAUGUUAAUUUGGUCAGAAUGUUCAUUGUCAAGAUCAUAGGUUCCCUUGGUUGCUAUUCCGAGCCCAGUAUGUACAUUUAAAAUAGUACACACCAAGCAUGUGAUCUGGAGCUGACCUGUCACGGGUAGGUACCUGUCCAGAUUCACUCUUUGUUAUCCUUAACUUAGAUUCGCAUCCAGAAUCCUAUUUAGAAUUUAAAAUUUGAACUUACUGUAAUUAUUAAUGUAUUUGAACCAUCUUAAUAGGUGAACUUGUAUUUUGUAGGCUGUUGAGAUUAUAGCUCAACAGUAACAGGUAAAGUACUGGGCCGAUCUCUGAAGCAUACCGAAGCCAAUGAAUACUGUGUCUUUUUCAGAAUGCUCAGGAUAUUAGUUGCUGGACCUUAAGUGCUUGAAACUACUUUAUCAUUGCAUUCACAUUCUAGUUUUCACAAAUAGUGUUUCUGAACAUUUUGGAUAACUGAACGCAGGCGUGAAGGGAGACUGCAGAGAACAUAACAUGUGGUUGUAAAUUCAGCCUGAGUCUGAUUGAUUCAACACUGUGAUGAAAACUAGUUUUGUUCAGUAGUAGUGCCUUCCAGACUCUGGGGGUUUUCAUCUAUUUCAUUUCUAAGGUGUCUCUGAGGCAGUGAUCAUUCUCAGAGUUUUGUUCCUUAAAAACCAAAACAGAACACCUGUUUAAAACGCAGGCCCCGGUGUGAGUUAGAUGGGGACUAACUGCAUUCUCUUGCAAACACAUUGCGUUCCCUCUAAGCCACAGCUUUACAUCUAGAAAGCAUACACCCGUAACGAAUGUGGAACCCACUGGGCCAUGGGCGUUGUUGAGAAGAGAUCAGGGAGCUGGCCUUGGAGAAAACAGAUCUCUUCCAAGAACAAAACACCAUGCAGAAUCACUUGAAGUAUAUAGCUGACCUACACUUGGCAGUUGUACUCAAAGUGCAGGUAAAAAGACUGCAAUUACCUUGUUAUAUCAAAUGAAGUAUUAAGUAGAAAGUAAUGAAGAAGCACAAGUACCAAUUGCUGCCUCAAAAAUAAGUACUUGUUAAAUUUUUUAUUGCAACUGGUUUUAUAAAACUUUCUAGUAACACAGUGUGUGCCAGUGAAAAGCAGGGGAAAAUGCAGAUAUAUUCUUUAAUAAAUCAGUAUCAUCUCGUUUUUUAAUGAAGCCAGAAUUCCACUCUCUGUUCUUUGUGGCAACAAUCUGUUUUUAAAUAUGUAGUCUUAACAGAAAGGCCAAUGGUAAGUGUGACUCUUCAGAUAUUCCUUUUUCUUUUACAAGAAGGAGUUCAAACAUACUACUGAGGCAAACAAAAUAAAUGUAUUUAACUUCCUUAAGCAAACAUGUAAACAUUUUUCACAUGUUGCUAAGAUAUCUCUGACUAAGCUCACAAAAUGUCCUCCAGCAUGGUUGAGUCCAUUAAAUACCAGGAUAUGAAAUAAUGUACUCUGCCAGAUUCAGUUUAAUUUUAUAAUUCAAAUUUUUAACUAAUUUAGAAUAUUCCUUCCAUGAGUUCUCCAAAUAAAGAGAAAGUCUGUCAAGUAGAGCUAAGCCUGGGAGCCACUCAGCUUCCUCUGGGAUCCCGCCUGGUCUGAGCGGCCUGGCUCUCUGAAGCAGGAUGAGAACACAGGUAGCUGACACCCCUUCCACGCAGUCUAAGCGCUGGCGCCAAAGCAGCUUGCUGUCCUGUGGCGUGUCUUCCAAAGUGCUGUGCUUGAAAUGUCCUCUCUCUCAGACUUGAGCCAUCUGGGAACUGGGGACCGGUUUUCUGUUUCACCUGCUUAUUUUCAAUCUGCACUGGUCUUAAAUCAUUUAUCAGAGAUAAAGGAUGUUGCUUUUACUCCACAGUAUGGCGUGUAAGUGUAUGUGUGGUACUUGUCAGUUUUCACAGCCAUCUGUAUGCACUUUCGGUUGUAUUAAUAAAGUGACAGUUGAGUGUCAGACAUGGUUUUUGUCUAACUCCUACCAAUAGGGGUCGGGUCCACCUCCAGGUACUGGCUGGUCAUCGUUCAGUCAAUGAUUAUGAAGGGGAGAAGCAGCGUUUAUUUUUUCCUUUCAGUUCUGUGUUGUUCAUUUUAUUUUCUCUUUUGUUUGUUUUUAUGUUAUGUUGUCCCAUUCCAGGAGCAAUUAUGUUUGCCUCUCCACAUUUUAGAAGAGAAAGGUCUGAGCCAGGUUGCCGUGACGGUCCAGGCUCUCCUGGAACUUGCCCCCCCCAAGCAACAGCAGCCCCAGUUGUCUGCUGUCUAAGGAUACCAGGACCCUGGGCAUUGGAACAGGACUGCGGUCGCUGCUGCCAGCCGUCUGCUUAAGCAAAGCUAUCAUGUGUUCUUAGGAGGGACUGUCUCCGUGAUUCCUAACAGGAAUAUUUUACUUCAUUUCUCCAUUUUAGGGGAGGUUAUAUCCAUUUCCAUUGAAUAUUUUUAGGAAGAACAUUUGGUUUUCUCCAGUGAAACUUCGCUCAUUACUGAGAACCGGGCCCAGAAACCUAGCGUGGCCGUGCUUUCCCAAGGAGCAGGCAGAGUCUGCUCAGAGGGUGUCUGCCUCUGCCGAGAGCACAGACAUUGUACUGUCUCUCCAUGGGCCCAGGACACCUGGAGUCUACUGGUGUGUAAAUGUGGUUGUUCAUUAGGUUCUCCUGGAGUGCAAAUACAGACUCUCAGUAAGCCUGGGUGGGACCUGGGACUCUGCAUUCUCAGCAAACAUUCUAACUGGUUUUCCUGCAGCGGAGACCACUAUUCCAAGUCAGGUGGUUUGAUGGAGGUGUGGGGGAUAAUCUCUUCAUUGUAGUUUUCAGCGACAUUUAAAAUCAAUAAUGACAACUUGGACCAUUCUGUCAAAGGCAAAACAAAAAUAACAUAGAAGCCCUGUAUUUUGCGUAGCAAAAGCAGUGAAAGCGAGACAGUUGUAUUUAAGGCCACUGUUCUAGACCUCCUGUCCAUUCCAGUCCACCACCAUGUCCUCCUUUCUGUAGAGGAUAGGAUUCAGUGUAUCCGCCUGCUAUUCUCAAAACACGAACAAGCACGCUGCACCCGGAAUCCAGAUCCUUCACAGGAACAUGCGCUGUGCUGCCUCAUUUGAGCCCCCUCACUCCCGGCCCCGCCUUGCUGCUCCCAGGACGCCUGCACCUGCAGACGCAUUCCUGGUGCUGCAGUACACUGCUAGUUCCAGUGCACACGCUCAUGGAAGACCAUGAAAACAGCAAAAAGGAAUAAAAGAAAAGUCAGUUUUCUUACCUUUCUUUCCAGUAACUGAGAGCACUUAAUGGCAUCUUAGAAAACCCCUUCCUUCUUUCUGUCUAGCUCCACCACUCCUGCCUUCCGCACUCAAUUGUGGGUGGAGGAGAAGGACCCACGGGCUCACAGAACAAACCAGGAGCUUUUGUUCAAGUUGAAACCACCGGGGAUAAUCUUCCCCUGUAUUUUAAACCUCUUCAGUUGUCAAGAUCCUAGUUAUCUAGGUCUUUUCUGUGGUUGUUAACUUUUGGAUUUUAUCAAUGCAUGCAUUUGAUCGUAAUGUUAUCCAUCUUUUUAAAAUGUAAGUGCAGCACCUAAAAGUAGCUUUAGAUAAUAACAUUUUCUCCUUGUUCCUGCAGAGAAAUAUGUUCAUUAGCACAUCACCACUUUUCUCAGUCUUGAAAUUAAACAUAAAAUAUCUAAGCGCAAAGCCCAGUCCCACAGGUCCUCACAGAACAAAAGCAAUAUAUCUUAUGAGUGCUGAGAGCCAGACCCAUUAUAUUUUAAAUGGCAGAAAGACCCACCAGCCUUGGAACUUGCUUAGAAUUUAAGCCUUAGUAGUUUUAAACUGUAGGUGUUUUUCCUUCUAGUCAACAUUAAACCUCAGUACAAUCUCCAAAUUACAGAGCACCACCAGAAAUGAAAGUCUACAAAGGACUGGCCUGUUUUUAACAUUAUGCAAGGAAUAAUUCCAGAAGACAUUACAUAAUGCAACAUUGGCAACAAAUGUUUCCAUUGGAAUAAGUGGAAAUUUAAGUUGAUUUCAAAUUUUGCACAUAACAUGAAACCUUAAUAUUAUUUUUAUUGAACUAAUUCACAUUUGCAUUUGAACUGUUGGAAACAUUUGUGUAGAGUUUUGGUAAUGAAAAGUAGCAAAUAUAUUGAGUUUGUUUCAGGAAACAAAAAUCAUUUUUGUUUUUUUUUUUAAGACAUUUUGUAUUCAGUGUUUUGUGUGUAGUUUUUUUUUUUUUUUUUUUUUUUUUUUUUUU